AUAUAUACAUACUGUCAAAGUGAACAUACUAACAUAAACCAUGAGAACAUUCAGAUGUUGUAUAUUUAAAUGUUUGAGUCAGCUGUCUAACCUUGUAUUUAUUUAUUUUUUUUGUUUUUGUUUUUAAACCUCUUCAGACAUUAUUGUAGAAAUCCUCUGUGUUCGCAAGAGCUUCUUCUUUUAGUUUUUUUUUUUUUAAAGUUCUCACAUGGAUUUUAAACAAAUUGUUUCUCUUUUUAAACCUGCUGCAAUGCAGAUGAGUCGCAGAAGAAAGCGAGGGAUCAAAACAUGCACAGAUUCUUGUCGGUCCGCAGGUUUGGGAUGUGAAAAAUGAGAUCAGGAUGAAUCACUUUAAAGGUCCUUCCUGGAUGUGAUGUUUUUAUGUGGUGCGAUAAAACUGAAAGCAGGUGUGCUCAAAAAAGGCUCGAGUUUCAUUUAUGUGUUUUCAUGUCAUCUAAAGCGCUUGAUAUUAAAACGUCACCGUUUUGAAAUAAAGUGCAAUCUACAGCGUUUGAUUAAAAGCCUGAAAUUGGAAAGCAUCGUUUAAAGUUGAAACUGGAUGUUUAAACAUAACAAAAUGACACACUUUAUUUUCUUACUUUCUGAAAUUAAUUCUUGUUUUAUGUUAAAAUUAGCAACAUUAUUUCAAUUUAGUAAAUUCCAUAAAACUUAGCAAGAUUUUUAUUUUCUUUUAGAGAUUUUUUUUGCAACUUAACCCAGUCAGAUGUAUGAGGGAGACAUUUUAAAACAUAAAAUUUUGCUACACUUCAGCUUACUUUGUCUCUGCUGUAGAAUAUAGAAUACCAUCACAAGCUAUUAUUAAUAACUGUAAUAAAUUACAGCAGAGAGUGGCGAAUUGAAAUGGUUUUUAUAUUGUUUUCAUCUUCAAAGUGUGGAGCUGGAAAACUGAAAAUACUGUGGAAGUGCAUGAACUUUUCUGCGAGAAAAGUGGGCGAACUGAAAAACAAACCAGACAUUUCGUUAAUCUAACCUUAGAAACCAGGUUAAAAAGCAUCAAAGGAAUCUUGUUGUUUAAAGGUAGCAGUCAGGAGAAGGGUACAAGAGCUUGCAGUGCACCAUUUGUAUACCAUGGUGACGAAAGUGGGUGGAGGAGGAUUGCUGAGAGGCCAAAAGUAAUAACAGCUUGUGUUCUCCAUGCUCUAAGAAUGUAUUAUUGGUGAAUCGGUUCGAAGUGUCAGCCAUGUUUGACCAAAAACCUUCACUUAAUCAAGUAAACGAUUUUUCACUUCCUUCCAUCUCACCAAAUCAUUGCUUUUGAAUUGAUACAUUAAAGAUGAGGGGAAUAAAGUUGUAAGAAUGCAUCUAGGUCUCGUCAUUUUACAUCACAUAAACCUAACAGCAGAGGAGUUGCAUUUUGACGGCAGACAGUGAGGCAGAGGUAGCACUGCAACGUAGCACAAGUGAGAUUCUAGAAAAUGUCACCGUUUAGCUUAGAUUUCUCCUUGUGAUCAAACUCAACGCCUCCGUCUUUUUCUUUUUUUUUUCUUUUAAUUCUUUACGUGCUGUGUUGAUGUUUGUGUCCAGGCUGAAUGGAUUUUUCACUGACGCUUAAUAAACAGGUUCAGGUGUGAAAAGUGUAGCAGUCCUGUCACGUAUAGGGGCCAAGAACGGUUUCUCACUGUCCGCUGGUUCAGCUCAUUUCCAUUACUACUGAAUAAAAAGCUACGAGACGAGAACGUGUCUGGUGUUUUUCUGUUUGCCGCGCGAGUUUGCCUCUUUAUUUUUAUUUUUAUUUUUUGUAUCUUUCUCCCAAUAAAGUGUAAGAGGAGCUUCUUCAUUCAGCUGGCAGGAGAAAGACAGUAAGUUCUAGUACUUUUCCUGUUCUGUUAGUGGAAAAGCGAGGUGACGGUGGUGAGAUUGUUUCCAACCGCACAUGUUCUUAUUUCCUUUCUGAGUGAUAACUGCUGCUGUCACAGAUGAGGCCGUCUAUUUUUAGCACGCAGCGACAAAAAAAAAUACAAUGAUCAGCUGCUUUACAAAAGACAACGACUUCAGAGGUGCAGAGUGGAACAAAAACAAAGUAUCUAUGUAGAGGAAUGUUCUAGUUUCUCUUUGAACGUUAUGCAAGCGCUAGAAAACACUGCGUCAUAAAGUAACGCUGUUAAAGAUUGAUCUUUUUGGGGACCUACUGAAGCCACAGUUUGCCAGGGUGUACACGCAUCCCACGUCUUAAUGUGUAUUAAAUUGAUUAAAAAUGUAAUUUGGCAUUAAAUGCGCUAAUCAGGUCUUAAAUUUUGUUGUGUCAGAACUAUUUAAUUUCGUAUGCUAUGUAGUUUUUUUUUUUCUCGCAGGAUUGUUGCCUUUUCCAUCAGGCAAGAUGUUCUUAACUUAAGCUAUCCGGUCUAUGACUCAAGGUGGUUAAAGCCACAAACAAAAACACUUAAUAUUCAUGUAUAUGAUUAAGGCUACUGAUAUGUAGCUGCUAAUACUGGAUCGCUAUGUGGUUAGCAAGCAAACAAAUCGACCGUUAGCAGCUAGCAAACGGCUGGUGAAGCACAAAGCUGCUUCCACGAGCCACAAAAAUACCCCAGAAAUGUCUGUUUUGUCCUCUUACAUUUGCACAUAUCUUGUGUUAAAUUUUAUUCAUUAUGGUCUUUCAUAUGUUUUUUUUUUUUUUUUUAAGUCAGACAUGUACAGGUGAAACCUUCAUAAAACGGUUUGCGGAGCUGGCCUGAAUUCAAUUCUGCUUCAGUUGCAUCGCACUUGAAUCUGACAUCAAACACAGCGAGGCGGAGGUAUAGAAAGCUCCGCCAUUAGAAAAUCUGACCCGUUUCAUAAAUGUCGCGCUGCUAUGGAAGAUUUUUAAUGGUGAUAACUUUCCAUAUGUGCUAACGGGCUGUUCUGGUGAUUCAACUCCAGUCUGAUCUGUUCUUCUAUUUCUUCCGUUCACUGCUGUCGUUUUGGUUCGAUUCCAAACCUCUAGAUUUUAUCACGCCACCAGUACCAGAGAAGAUGCCUUUUCCGGCAACAACAAAAUGUUAUCGUAAUAUUUUUCCUUGCCUUUAAAAUGCACAAAUAGAAACAACACCCACAUUGAAUUUCUAAUCAAUUUUUCAGUAACCUUUCCACUUUGCCUGCGUUUUUGUUUAACAUGUAGUAAUAUGGAGGACAGGUGUAACUGAGUCAGGUUUGUAGGCCGCCUCGCUUCACAAGCAUCUCAUGGUGUAGCAUUAGAGCAAAUAUCAUCCCUCCACAUAACCAUCCAGGGUGGGAUUUAGGUCCCUUACUACAUGACUUCCUCACUUCAUUUCUCAUUAGUGCUGAAUAAAAGCCUCCAGAACCUUUCUAAAAGUUUUUAUUAAUUAUUGUGCCAAUGCUGUGGAUUUCUUGCCAAUGUUUUUAUAUGUUGCGUCAAUAUUUCAAUAUAAUUUCCCCAAAUAGAUAACUGUAUCCCUGAGAGAUGUCAGAAAAAAAAAAAUCAGAGGUUCAGAUCAAACCACAACAGCACUGCAAGUGCAAAGGCCACUUACGCAGGCAGGAACGCUCAUUCCAUAGACAUGCGGUGCGUUUCAGAGAUCUGCACUGGAUUAGCGAGCAUCGCUGCAGGGCGCUCUGAGUCAGAUGUUCGAGCGUCGAACGUCACAGGAAGCUGAAGCUGAAGCUGGGCGUCGUUACAUAAAGACGAGGCGGGAGACCUCCUCUCUCUUCAGUCAGCCCACGUUAGAAACAGCUGCAAAAACACAGCAGCAGCAGAAGAAGAAGAGGCAGAGCUCAGCGUCACUCAAUCUUUAAAGGAUUUUCUUACAGAAGAUAAGGAUUUAGCUGCAAGCAUUGUCUUUGGAUAUCACUGCGUCAUCUUGAUACAUUACUGGAGCAAGAAACAAACUGGGUAGAGCAUGGGCACCUGCUACACCAGAUGUCAGUGCAACCAGACAGUCCUCGAAAAUCAGCCUGGAUCUGCGACGCCAAGACAACAGGAAAGUGUGAUCGUCUCUUUGUACGACUACCCAUCGUUUGAGUGCACAGAACUGACCAUGCACAUGGGGGAAAGGCUGACCGUAGUCUCAGACGACGGUGAUUUCGUGAUGGUGAGAUCCACGACCACCGGGCGCGAGAGCUACGUGCCCACCAACUACACGGCGAAGGUGACAGACAAGUGGCUGUACACGGGGAUCAGCAGGUGUAAAGCAGAGGAACUCCUUAGACAUCCCAGCAACCAGACUGGAGCCUUUUUGAUCCGUGAAUCAGAGACAAACAGAGACAGCUAUUCCCUCUCCAUCCUGCGGAGGACCGGCUCCUCAGACCUGAACCCCGUGAAGCACUACCGCAUCUCCCAGCUGGAAAACUCGUGGGUCUACAUUUCUCCAGGUCUCACAUUCCCCUCCCUCCAUUACCUGGUGCAACACUAUUCAGAACUUCCAGAUGGGCUGUGCUGUCGACUGACUGUCCCUUGCUUCAUCCAAGGGUUGGAUGAGCCCAGACCAGUUCCCACCACCGUCCGGAGGCCGACCAUCAACUGGAGGGAAAUUAGCAGGUCCGUGAUUCUCGGAAGGAAGAGAACCGAGUCGGACAACUCCCUGGUGAGCGACGGGCUGAGGGAGGCCAUCAGCUCCUACCUCCAGUUAACAGAGUGCAAAGAUCACAGCUGGGACACGUGAAGGGAAGCCUGUGUGGUCAGUUUGGGGGAAAAAAAAACAAACAAAAAAAAUGAAGUCCAACAAAAAGAGUGUAGGAAAUUACUGCUCUGGGGCUGCUGCAAGCUUGAGCAAACCCCUGAAGGAGGUCCUCUGCACGCCCAAACGCCGUCUCUGAGGAUUGGUCCAGGAACAGAAGCGAGGCAGAGGCACUACACCGCUCAGAGACGAGUCAAACUGUCGGCCAUUUUUAGUGGAAGGCGGACGAAGCACAGAGGCAGAGGAUGUCGGCUGCAAAGAGGCUAUGAAUGUUUCACCUAAUUUAUGAAGAUUUUAACUUAAUAUUGUCUGUUAACAUUACAGCAAUGUGAUUGUAUCUGAAUGUUGUCGCUGUUGUCUUGUUAUUUGAAACUAAUAUAAUCUAUACGCUACCAAUAAAUAAUUUACACCAAUAAAAACCACAUAUUUACAAGA